CCCUAACCUGAAAAUGAAUGUAUCGGACCGAAGCACAAUUCCGCUUGUCCACAUUCUGUAAUUGCAACGCACCAUCGGCUGAAGUUCUGGAAUACGAAAUUAACGAUCCAAGGAAAUGCUGAGAGGAAAUGACUGAAACCAUGUCUAAUACUAAGGAGAGGUCAGCAGCUGCUGUGAUAGGGUGCCUUUGUGGCGAUGCCGCAGCUCAACCUAUUCAUUGGAUAUACAACCUCGGCAAAUUGCAGGCCAUUCUGUCGGCUCUUGAAUAUCCAGAAUUUCGCUUCCCCUCGGCGAAUCCCUACUACCGCAUCGACACUGGCAAGAAUACAUGUUAUGGAGAUCAGGUCAUGGCUCUUCUUGAAUCGCUCGUGAGAUGUAAAGGUCUUGACGUAAAAGAUUAUGCUACGACUCAGUAUUGCUACUUUGGUCCCGAAUCCAAGUAUGAAAAUAAACUGAAUGCAGCGUUUGUGAUCAAAUCGGGCGUCCAGAAAAACUUUCCCAUCCACGGACCAUGGAGAGACAAAGUCCUCAAAGAUUUCCUUGUCAAAUAUGCAACAAAGGAGGAGGAAACAGGUAGCAAUGAUAUGACUGAUAUGCAUGCUGUCAUCCAGGUCGUUCCCAUCGUUUCUCUCUAUGCUGGCCAGCCAGAGAUGCUAGAGAAGGUGGAAGAAGCAGUCUCCGUUACCAUGACAGCGGAUGAAGCCAUUGUUCACAGCCUGGUAGCCGCUAGGAUUCUGGAAUACUUCAUCUUGAACGGAAGCAAUGGCAAUGUCCUAGAUGAUGUCAUCAAGGAGCUUAGAGAUCCCAACAGGACAUGUCCACAUUCUUUAGACAAGGCCGUCAUAGGAUUCUUGGAGAAGGUCAAGAGGAACCUUACUGUUCCGCACUUCAAUGCAGCCACCAAAGUCUUCAAAAAUAACUGAUAUUUGCCCGGGGCGUUUCAGUCCGCCCUACAUGCCCUGUUUAACAGCACCGACUAUGCUGAGGGAAUCCGACUGACCUUGAAGGCUGGGGGCUGUAACGCAAGCCGUGCUGGAUUCAUAGGAGCUUGUCUUGCAGCACGGAAUGGCAUGGAGAACAUUCCUGAGGAUUGGAAAGCCAAGACAUUGUGCACCGAGAAAGCAAUGGAACUUUGUGAACAACUGAAGGAUCUUAGGAAGGAUUAUUAAACUUAUCUCUCAUUCCAAUAAUACAAUAGAAGUACAUAACACAAUCCGUAAUGCUUGUUUCUUAAAUCUAUGUUUGAAAAUUUCAUUUGUUGUCAAUUUUUAAUCUAAAUAAAUCUGUUUUAUAUUAUCAGAGAUAAAUAUAUAAUUAUUAUAAAAUAAUCAUAACAGAUUUCAUGUGCCUUGUUUUCAUAAAUGCAAAAUUGUAAUUGAUCCAAUUAAGUGUACUUAUGUAUGAACAUUAUAUGCUUAUAAAAAAAUAAUGUACACAUAUAUCUAGACUACCCGUGUUAGUUACGAUACUAUAGUAAAUAUAAAGUCUAGGCCAUAUAACAUAUAAACACCUCUUGAUUUCAGGUGACGAGGCAAUCGAGAUGUAAUUGCUAUCUUUUCUGUGCCGGAAUGGCCUUGGUUAUGGCCAAAAUUAGUUGAUAAUAACAGUAAUAAUAUAUUUCAUCACUUGUACAUCACAUAUCCUGUACCAUUUAAUGUCUUUUUAUGCUUCGAAAGUGAUAUGUGGUUGCGUUUGCCCAGCAAGCCUUUUACAGCACAAUUGCAUUUCAAGGUAUAGUUUCCUGCCAGGUUCCAAUUUACUUCAGCUAGAUCUAGUCUAGCACAAUGUGGAUCAAUUUUUUU